CACCAGCGCGUUCUCCUGCGCAUCCGCGUCCCCUGCCGACACCGUGAAGAUGUGGCAGCCCGGUGGGUUGUUCUCCUUCACGAACACCGUGUACUCGGACUGCGCGAACGCUGGUGCGUUGUCGUUCACGUCGGCCACCUCCACAGACACGCUGGCCGUGGCCCACAGAGAAGGCGAGCCCCCAUCCCGCGCGGUCACCACCAGCUCAUAGGCCGACAUACUCUCGCGGUCCAGGGCGCUGUCCAGCACCAACGAGUAGUAAUUCUUGUAGGUGGACACCAGCUUGAAAGGGACGUGGGGCGUCAGGGAGCAGGUCACUUGCCCGUUGGCAUCUGCGUCUAGGUCAGUCACACUAAUCAGGGCAAUAACUGUCCCCAGUCGUGCGUCCUCUUUUACAGGAAGCGAGAGCGUUUUGAUAAUCAACUGUGGAGCAUUGUCAUUUACAUCCACAACUUCCACAAGAACUGUACAAUGACCAGCCAGUGGUAGGAAGCCUUUAUCGACAGCCUCUACUGGGAUCUUGUGUGCUCUACUUUCUUCAAAAUCCAUGUGUCCUAUCACCGUGAUUGCCCCACUUACGGGGUCCACGUGGAACUUGGAUUUUACAUCUGGAGAAACGUCACUGGAGAAGGAGUAAAUAAUAUCCCCAUUCAAGCCUUCGUCUAAAUCUGAGGCAUUGGGGUGAAUCACCAGCGUUCCGAUAGAAGCGUUUUCUGGUAAUUUCACCGUAUAGAGGGUUCUGUCGAACACUGGGGCAUUGUCAUUGACGUCCAGUACUGUGAUGAGUAACUGAACGGUGCCAGUCAGUUCAGGUUUGCCCCCAUCGGUGGCCGUGAGCAAUAAAUGAAGCUCCGGAGUUUUUUCUCUGUCUAAAAGUUUCCGUAAUACAAGCCCAAGAGGUUUUACCUGCUGGUUGCUGGUUGGCACAUCCAGGGAGAAAUACUCAUUGGGGCUCAGUCUGUAAGUGAGCAAGGCGUUCUCCCCGAUAUCUGCAUCGGACGCGCCCUCUAGUGGAAACCGAGAGUCAAGUGGCCUGGAUUCCGCGAUGAACAGGUUCUUUUGUGUCGCUGAGAACACGGGAGGGUUGUCGUUAAUGUCCUUCACCUCCACGUCCACAUGGAAAACCUGCAGCGGCCUGUCCACGAUCACCUCCAGGUGGAUGCUGCACUCCGCACUCCGCCCACACAGCUCCUCGCGGUCGAUCCGAGAAUUCACAAACAAAAUGCCAUUCUGCAGAUUUACCUCCAGAAGGUCCCCGCGGCCUUUGGAAUCCAACUGGAACAGGCGCGGCACCAGCUCCCCCAGCUCCAGCCCCAGGUCCUGCGCAAUGCGGCCGACGAAGGUGCCGUGUUUGGCUUCCUCCGGGACGGAGUAGUGGAGCUGGCCGCUCCCUACCACCCACAUCGCCAGGAUCAGAAGCGAGAGCAGUAGAGGCUGACCCUCUGGAUCUCCUCGACUUGAGUACAACAUUUCAAAUACUAACUCUUCUUCUAAUUAGUGAAAACUGCCUUCAAAUUAGGAGAAAUCAUCUGAUUUCGUCAGUCCCCUUCUGCUGUGUUCGCCAUUGUUCAGCAUAGAGAGAGUGAAAAAGAAUUGAGCCUCUUUCCCGUGGGAAAAGGGCUGUAUUUGUCUGGAUUCAGAGAGAACAUCGCGGCAAAGAGUGACAUCACGUGGCCCAAAGUGUAAGUACAUAUUUUAUGAAUAAAAUUUUCACAACUAUUCU